CCCAAAUCUCACCUAAGAACUCUUUACAACAAAUAAUCAAAUCCAUUUUAUCAAGCACCUAGGACAAAAACUGCAAAAGCCCUCUUCUCUCACCUACGAAAUCCCACAAAAGGUGUUUAUAUAUUUCCCGCACGAGCAGCUGAUCUUUCAGUUUCCGCCGACCCAACAUCUUCCUUACCCUACAACUUUUAACAACACCGCGAGCGCAAAACCAAACAUGAGGGCAUACUGGUUCGACAACCAAGAGGGCGACCAACGUCAGACCCACGACUCCGGCCGGGACGUCGACCCUUCCUACCUCGCCAGCCUAGGCGUUUUGUACUACCACUGCCCUCAAGUGUCGGAAGUCGACGCCAUCGCCAAGGACCGAGACUACAAGAACAGGGACGUCAUCACCGUGUCCCCCGACGCCAUGGGUGCCGUCUACGAGGACAAGGUCAAGAUGUUCUUCGCCGAACACCUCCACGAAGAUGAGGAGAUCAGAUACGUCCGUGACGGAGCGGGCUACUUUGACGUCCGGAGCCAAAACGACGACUGGGUGCGCAUCAGACUGGAAAAGGACGAUAUGAUCAUCUUGCCCGCAGGUAUAUACCAUCGAUUCACAACGGACGAGAAAAAUUAUAUUCAAGCCAUGCGACUUUUCAAAGACGAACCUAAAUGGACCCCAUUGAACAGAGGUGCCGAAACGGAUGUGAACCAACAUCGGAAAGCGUACCUACAGACCCGAGGUGCUGCUGCGCCAGUCGCUGUUUCGUAAAUUACCUUAGGCACCGCCCUUUUUGACCAGUCAAAAAAGUGAGACAUGAGAUAUCUCAAACAGUUUGGACACCAAAAACUGCAAACAGCAAAUAUAUGUGAUGUAUAAUGAAUAUUGAACAAUAUUGAACA